CAUAAAUUGUGGCUAAAUAUAUUUUUCAAAGACAAUACCUAAUAAUAAACCAUUCUUGUAAUAUAGACGGUAUACUUUAUUAGGAUACUUGUUAUAUGGUUUUUUGAAAAUACAAUGGUGAUGGAAGAACAGGUAUCAGAUAUGGAACUAGCCUCAGAAAAUAUUCCAGUUCCUCAAGUACAAGAAGUAAAAAUUGAUACAAUUAAAAAAACCAAUAAAUCAAAUGUUUCACUUGGUAAACCAAGAUUAAGGAAAAAAGCAUUGCACGCAUCGAUACUUAAGCAAAUGGAGUUUUAUUUCAGUGAUGCAAAUUUGAAUAAAGAUCGUUUUCUAUCAGAACUACUAAAACAAAGUCCCUAUAUAGAUCUUGAGGUAUUCACUCAAUUUAACAAAUUGCGCGAGCUAACUACAGAUACAAAUAGAAUAGCUAAAGCUUUGCAGAAAUCAACUAUGUUAAAAGUGUCGGAAGAUGGUACAAAAGUCUAUCGAUUAACACCGAUUAAUAAGAAGGAAAAUGUAGAUCAAUGUACCGUUUAUGUGCAAAAUUUACCUCCAGAUGCUGAUCAUGAUUGGUUAAAAUUUAGUUUUUCUAAAUUUGGAUCAGUAGAAUAUGUUUCAAUUCCUCGUUACAAAAGCAAUAGAAAAAUAAAAGGGUUUGCAUUUAUAGAAUUUGAUACACCAAGUAGUGCUCAAGAAUGUAUUAAGACGUUUCAAAAUAAGGGAUGUGUUUUACCAUACAAUACAGCUCCCCAUGAUGUAUUAAGUAUAAGUACUUUUGAUGAAACUAACAAAGGUGGAUAUUCAGUUCCAACUUAUGAUGUAAAUUCUAAGAUAAAAUCAGAAGAUAUUAAAGAAAACGAAUCAGAAGAUGAAAGUAAAACUAAUGAGAAUAUCCAUAAUAAUGAAAUGGAUAUAGCAGAUAAUAAUGACAGACAAAAUCCAAGAAAAAGAAAACUUGUUUCUGAAAAUUCAUUUACUUUGGAUGAAAGUUUAGAAAAUAUUAAAACUAAGAAGAAAAGAAAAGAAUCUGUCGAUCAUAGUAUAAUAAAUCAACAGAAUGAAAAAGAAAAAACCUCAAAAGAUGAAGCCGAAGAUAAUGAUAAAAUUUGUGACAAUGAAACGGAUGUAGCUAAUAAUACUAGUAGACAAAAUGUAAAAAAGAAGAAAGUUGUCCCUGAAAAAUUAUGUGUCACAGAUGAAAGCGACAUUAAAGUUGAGAUUCCUGAAAACAAUAGUACAGAAAAUCAAGAAAUUUUAUAUAAAAGUAAUAAUCGUAAUAAAAUUGCAGAAAAGAAAAAGAGAAAAGUCACGAUGGACGAUAUAAAUAUUGCGGAAGAUAUCAGUGGAGAAGUGAAAAAGGAAUCCCAUAAAUCAACUAAAUCAAAAAAUAAAGAAAUAAGAUUGGUACAUCCAGAUACAAAUGAUGAUGGCAAAGUCACAAGUAACGAGGUAGAUUGUAAAUUACAAAGUGAAAAAAAUCCCAAGAGAAAAGAUAGUGGAAUAUCAAUAGCUAGUAUUGAUGAAAAAAAGAAGAAGAGAAAUCGGAAAAAGAGAACCAAAAUUCAGGAGGAUGAUAUUUGUUAUUCGUUAGGACUGCAAGUAAUGUUAAAACCAGAUUGGAAACGUCUUAGAAACAAAUACUUAGAAUUACAAAAAGCUAAAAUGCAACUAUUGAAAGGGCAUUUAAAGAAAGGUGAAAAUAUAACAGGAAAGAAAUAUGAUACAAUUGGACAGAAUUAUAAAUGCAAAGAUGAAAAGGAUAACAGGAAGAUUAAUGAAACAGAAAAGUCAGUUUAUGGACGCAUCAAUUAUACACCAGGAAUUAUAGUGAAAAUUGAAAUGGAUGAGCCUUGUACAGAUCCACAAAGUUUCAAGAUGGAGUUUAGAGACAAUAACUCCGUGAAAUAUAUAGAUGUAACACAUGGUUCCUGUGAAGCUUAUAUAAGAUGUGAUACAGUGGAAGCUGCACAAUCAUUUGUGCAAAAGAGUUAUGAAGGAAGAUGUUUGACAGUUUUAAAAGAUGAUGAUGAGAAAUCAUACUGGGAUAAAAUAGCAAGAGAUCGAGAUUUAAAACUGAAUAAAAAAGGAAGAAUUAAGCAAAGAGGACGUGAUAAAUUGUUGAAAAGAGCAGAGAAAAAACUUGGAAAAUGCAUAAAAUUUGAUCAAGAUUGAUUCCUAUUAUUAAUUUUCUAUAUAAAAUUUUUAACAUUCAUAUAUACAUUAUACUAUAGUACAUAUCUCUGUACAUGCAUGUUAUGUAUAUAUAAAUAAUGGUACCAUUGUUAGUAUAUAAUUGAAACAUAAAUAAAGACAUUUAGCACAAAA